GGGAUUAUUACGACUCGAACUGUUCGAGCGUACCGAACCUCUUUGAUUCUACAUCGAGAUAUAUUGAUCGGUAUCGAUCGGUGCGCGAGUACUUCCGGUUUUCAGUAUCACCGUAACGAUCGUAUCAUCUUUCAGGAAUUAUAUGUAUAUUCUUUAGAAUAUAUGAGACCCGAUUCUUCUUAUGGGCGGAUGUGCAAGCAGUGGAUAAAAGUUUGAAAAAAAGUUUUAACUGGUGAUUCGUACGAAACCGGUUUCUUUUAUUAUGCUGAGAGUGCUCGAGGAUUUGCAAUGUACUUUUUUGGUGCGCGUCUAGUAAAUUGUGAUUGGUAUUAUUUUUAAUAUAUUUGUCAGAGUACGAUCUUCAUCGUGAGUGAAUUCAAUUUGAAAGGGCUGUUGCUUCUCGAUACUCCCGGUAACUGAUUUUCAUGCUGCUUUCUUCUGCAGAGGAGAGGGGUCACGCGCACGAGCACUUGGGAGAUACCCGGGUACAACAACGACUUGUUGAUUAGUCAAAGAAACUGUCAAGUACGACAAUAAACAAGAUGAAGUUAGUCUGCGUCGUUCUCUUGGGGAGCAUCCUGGCGCUUGUAGCAUCCAGUCCAAUAGUGAAGAGGGAGACGCAGGACGAUCUGAGUCCCUUAAACGAAGUAUACGUGUUUCAGGCUGAUGCUGACUCUACCGUUGAUGGUGAUCAUGGGGACCGUGACAAACGAAAGAUUGGAAUAGUCAAGCUGGGCGUGACUAAUGGAAUUCUCAGUUUCGUCUUUGGGAAACUUGAUGCGUUCCUGGACGCCAAGACCAGAGCACUCUCCUCACUCGACGAGGCGAACAAAGCCAAGAAUGCUGCAUUCGGAAUUGACAAUACACAAUCGUCUACUGGACAGUUCAUCAGCAACCUAAUCUCGCAGAAAAUCCAAGCCGGCACCGCUAGCAUAGGACCGAUCAUUAACGGCGCCACGACAUUUGUAACAAGUGCUAAGAGCGGACUUACAAAUGCACUGGUGUCAAAGGUAGCACCAUUGAGUUCACUGUCUGGUGGUUUAACAAGCGGACUGUCUGCUGGUACAGGAUCAUCCGCAGGAACCGGAAGUAGCUUCGGCAGUGGCAGUGGUAUUCUGGGAGGACUUUUAGCCUCAAAAGUUAGCGCUCUUAGCAGCCUUAGUGGCAGCAGUAACUUGAGUGGCGGAGGAAGCAGCGACGUCAGCGCCUCUGGUGGGAGCGACUCUAGCUCAAGCGCAGGCGCGAGUUCAAGCGCGGGUGCUGGCGCAGGAGUAAAUCUUGGAGCGUUUGCCAAUCUUGGCGCAGGGGAAACAAUGACAACCACCACGGAGGACAUUCCUGAAUUUGACAGAACUCGAGUAUCACUAGACAUCCCACCUCCAGUCUUUGGCGGUGGCUUCAGUCUGAUAACAAACGCCAGUAAAGUCGUUGGCAGCGUUAUUCUCAAUUCAGCCCGUAGAACACAGGACAUUUUAGAAGUACUGAAGCCGCUGUUUCGUGGCAUAUUCGCCAUUAAGGGUCUGCCUUCGGACAAUCCGCAGUAAAAAUACGUCGUAAUGAAGUCAGACAAAAUGAUAGGCAAGGACAAAUGGGAUCUGUGCAAUUAUAAAUACAAUCGAUACCGGAGCUGAUUGUACAGUGGCAGUUGGUUGGACGAUUCGUAGACUUAAUUAAUUGCUCUUAUCGCCCAGUGAAGUAAUUUAAAUAAGCGCGCGAAAUCCGCGACGAAUUCAAAACGGGCACGCGGGUCAAUUCCUAAUUUUAUUUGCCAUAUGAUCAACGUUCCUGUUUUUUUGCACUUGCGAAAAUUGCGACUAUCGAUACUACAGUGCUAUAAUGUAUUACUUAUCGAAUAGUUAUACUUGGAACGAAGCUGUUAAAAUAAGAAGAUGGAUCUUGGAAGUUGAAUUUAAUUUGAUUAAUCGAUAGUUUAAUGUAUUUUAUAAUAUAAUAAUAAUUUUUAUCGGCGGUGCUCUAUGUCAAAGUAUCGAACUAAGUCAGUUUUAUAUUUUUCUUUUUAUAUUCAUGGUUUCGUCGACUGUACUCGUAUCAUUGUUAUUCUAUGUAAAAUAUGCUUUCCCGGUUAUUUCAAAAGUUUUAUCAGUCUUUAAUAAGUCAUGUAUAUACCGUAUGCGUAUGGCGUAUAGCGAUUUUAAUGGCUGCUGCGUACGUGGAUUUUAUAUCCUCGAUGACAUAUUGUACAAUAACUUUGUACGUGUUCUUGACGUAAUAACAAUUUCUCCAUAUUUUCCAUUGAAAAUAAUAAACGGGUUUUCGCAUUUUA